AUGCCGAGUGCCGCUGUCACAUCCGUCAAACACCGUAUUGAAGAGCAGUUCAAUCACGACGAACGGAAGAACAAAUCCAAGACACAAGCCGCAGUAGAUUUCGCACACCAGGCCGAGCGUCUCGGACAAUACACGCCAGACCAAGAAGAUGAGAACACAGGCUCUACACAGGCGGUUCAAGCACGCUUCAUAACGCCGCAAGACCCCGUUGUCGAAACCGCAAACGGCCAUCGCUUACCUGCCGUUCCGCUUGAAGAAGCGACAAAGCUGAACCAGCUGCGAGAUAGUAUUGACGACCGUGAUCCCGCGCAAAAAGAACCUUUGGAACCGCGACUGAGAGAAGCGAAAGAUGGGACGGUACAUGGUCUGCUUCCGAAAGAAGCAGAGAUGGAUGGUGAGGGCAAAUCUGAUGUUCCACUGGGAGAUUCGAAAGCACCAUGGAAGACGAAUCCUCUUUUCCCGCCUCUUCCCAUGUACGGACCGCCUACGCUCAUGAGGCAAUGUCAAUGCUGGUUCUUUCGAUUCUCAUCGGGUAUCUUGUCAUUUUUAUUUCUGCUCGUCAUUGUCCUGGGCGCUGGCUUUACGUCACUCCCGGGUAUGUGCAAACACCUUUUCCUCCUCCUGACAUUCCGAGAUCCGGAGAAACGGCGCCCCUUCCACGAAGAAGAAACCAAACGAAAGCGCGCACGUCGAGAGGCAGAAAGAGCAUGGAAGAAACGCGACACCACACCGUCAGCCAAGAAACUCGAGUCUGGAGAAGACAGCAGCCCAAUCGAUGACUUCUCACCUUUGGAUGGCGGUCCUGAUCCUUUAGUCUGCGACGUACGCCACUACGCCCGCCGCGUAGGUCUAGACUGCGAGAUCUUCAACGUCCAAACCGAAGACGGCUUCAUCAUCGAACUCUGGCACCUGUACAACCCGCGCGACUACUCGCGUACAGACGCUUCUGCGCGCUCUCCCCAUUCCCCCGAGCUCUUUCCCCAAGAUGGCACGCACGUCACCGGCUCGCAAUACUCCAAUGGGGAAAAAAAGUAUCCGGUGCUUAUGAUACACGGCCUCUUGCAAUCGGCCGGCGCAUACUGCACCAACGACGACGACAGUCUAGCUUUCUUCCUCGCAAAGUCUGGUUACGACGUUUGGCUCGGCAACAACCGAUGUGGGUUCAAGCCGCGACACUGCACAUUGCAAUACGGAGAUCCACGCAUGUGGGCGUGGAAUAUUCGUCAAAUGGGCGUCAUGGACCUUCCCGCACUCAUCUCUCGCGUCCUAUCAGAGACUGGGUUUGAGAAGUUGGGACUCGUGGCGCAUAGCCAGGGAACUACACAGACCCUCGUUGCGUUGGCCAAGGAACAACGACCCGAGAUUGGGGAGAAGAUUAGUGUCUUCUGCGGGCUGGCGCCUGCGGCUUAUGCGGGGAAGCUGAUAGGAAAAGCGCAGUUCAAGUUCAUGCAGGUUAUUAGUCCAAAUAUGUUUCGGACUGUUUUUGGGAUUCACGCUUUCAUUCCUUUUAUGAUGAUCAUGCAUAGUCUCUUGCCAGGGAGGUUCUAUGGGUCCAUGGGAUACCGUGUCUUUGCCUUUUUGUUCAACUGGACAGACGACCGAUGGGAGCGUGAUUUGCGGAACCGCAUGUUUCAAUUCGCGCCGGUUUACGUUAGUGCGGAGAGUAUGAGGUGGUGGCUAGGAAGAGAGUGCUUUGCGCGGCAAAAAUGUAUUUUGGCUACGAGAGAAGAGAAGAUUAUGGAGGAUAGGGAGGAUGAGGAGAUGGAACACGAGCAGGAGGUCCAAACUCACAACCAGUCUCACGACUUGGAUGACGAGAGGGAGGACAAGGGUGAGAGAAAAGAGGCAGAACGGUACGCGUGGUACGGUCCACAGACUCCCCCCUUUGCACUCUGGGUCUGUGGUUCCGACGAUUUAGUCGACGGCCGUCGCCUACUCCGUCGCUUUGAGCGCGGAAGAGAACCCUACGUUGAUGUCGUACACUCCAAGGUCAUCGAAGGCUACGAGCAUCUCGAUGUCAUUUGGGCCAUGGAUGCGAUUGAGAAGGUGGGCAAGGAGGUUAGAGAGACGAUUUGGAAGACGGCGGAUCAAGAGGCACGUAAGGUUUGCAGAACACCAAAGGGGUGCGAGGAUAUCAGGGAAUUUUACAACAAGGGGGAGAAGAAGGAGAGUAGGAUGAGGGAGGUGGAUGCGAGUGCAGGGGAGUGGAGUGAGAAGGGGAAGGAGGCUGUGGUCGAUGGGCCUGGAGAGUAA